GUUUACAAUAUAUUCUCCCUUGAUUCGCGACUCCACGAUUGCAAUCGCGCACCCCGAUACCUUCUCCUCAACCCGCGGCUAUAUUGCACCUGCGCGCCCCGCGCAUAAACGAAUGGCAUCCAUCGUAGAGACCCAACCCUCGAGCGUCAAUGGCGGCGCAACCGGGAUCGUACACAAAAACCUGUCGCAAGCUACACUACGCCCGAAUCCGCCUCCCUCACCUCCCACAACCGAGACGGAUGCCGAGACAGAUUCAAACGCAUCUAAUGCGCCACAGCCGGAAUCUUCAACGGAUAUAUCAUCGCCAGAUAGCCGAGCGGAGGAAGAUGCGCCUGUGAUAUCGCCUAUAACGUCCCCGCCGUACUGGAUAAACACCCACUCCCACCACACAAGAGGAAUGUCCUCCGCGUCCGUCGAGUCCCUACCAGCCGGCGGCAUCACCCUACGCGACAACGAAAGCAGCAGCCUCGACGACCGGGGCAAUGCGUGCUGGGCCAGGAGCGUCGAGAUAACGGACUACGUCGUCGUGAACGGCAGCACGACUAACAUAGGCGCAUUUGUAGUCUGGAACAUACGAGUCGAGACGCUAAGCGGGAGCUACAUGAACAUACGAAAGCGAUAUUCAGAGUUCGACGACUUCCGAUGGCGACUAGUCCGCACGUUCCCGAAUUUCGAGGCAGCGGUGCCUGAGCUACCGCCCAAGAGCAUGAUAUCCAAGUUCAGACCUAGGUUUUUGGAGAGACGGCGAGCGGGUCUGCAGUAUUUCCUAAAUUGUAUACUAUUGAAUCCGGAGUUUUCCGGGUCACCCGUCUUGAAGGAGUUUCUCUUCUCGUGACCGGCAGCUCAAUGGCUAGCUGGUCAGACUACGGUAUUUAAUGGGGCACCGAACGAUCUCGACGCACGUCACGAAGUAAUGCUAAUUCUGUACGAACACAAUCGCUUGGAUACCCGGAACGAUAGGGGGGAGGAGGUUGGAUCCGGCUGGCUCAAGGGCGCCGGUAGUGUGUCAC